AUGUUAAAACGGAUAGCUCCAAUACGACAAUUGUACAGAACAUCCAGAGCCAUGGCCACCAAAUCAACAGACCCAACGAGUUUGCAUAAUCCGUAUUUUCAUCAAAAGCCGGGACAAAAAGAUAUUUGGUCGUUGAUCAAUGAAACUGCAGCCCAAGCACAACAAGAAUCAGGAGAGCCGAUUGUCAAUUUGGGACAAGGGUUUUUCUCCUAUAAUCCUCCUGAGUUUGCCAUCAACGCUGUUGGCGAAGCAUUGACCAAACCCCAAUUCAACCAAUAUGCACAUGCUCGCGGAAACCCAAACUUGUUGAAACAAGUGGCAGAACAUUACUCGCGGUCAUAUGGACGUGCCGUUGGGAUCGACGAAGUUCAAAUCACCACGGGUGCAAAUGAGGGAAUGUUUGCCAUUUUCUUUGGUUUCUUGACCCCGGGCGAUGAAGUAAUUGUGUUUGAACCAUUUUUUGACCAGUACAUCCCUAAUGUCGAAAUGACGGGUGCGAAGAUCAAGUAUGUGGAAAUUAAGUAUCCCAAGAAAUUCGACAACGAGGUUGUCGCGGGCCAGGAUUGGGAGAUUGACUGGGAAGGAUUGAAUAAUGCAAUUACUGACAAGACAAAGAUCAUUGUGAUAAAUACCCCACACAACCCAAUUGGCAAGGUUUUCACCGAGGAGGAAUUGUACAAGAUUGGAAAACUUGCAGUGGACCACAAUCUAAUCCUUGUCAGUGAUGAGGUUUACGAGAACUUGUAUUAUACAAACAAGUUUCCUCGUCCGGCUGCAUUACCACAGUUACCUGAGUUGGCUGAACGAACAUUGACAGUGGGUUCUGCUGGGAAAUCAUUUGCCGCCACUGGUUGGAGAGUAGGGUAUAUUCAGGGCCCUGCCAAUUUGAUAAAAUUUGUAACUGCAGCUCACACCAGAAUUUGUUUCUCGACCCCAGCACCAUUGCAACAGGCAGUGUCGCAGGGAUUUGAGCAGGCAGAGAAAACCAACUAUUUUGAGACCACUCGAAAGGAGUAUGAGCACAAGUACAAAAUAUUCACCAAGGUAUUUGACGAUUUGGGAUUACCCUACACUGUUGCUGAAGGAGGGUACUUUGUGUUGGUGAACUUGCUGAAGGUGAAGAUACCUGCAGAUUAUGAGUUUCCUGAGACCAUCAGUGAUCGUGGCACUUUAGAUUUCAAGUUGGCGUAUUGGUUGAUCAAAGAAAUUGGAGUUGUUGGAAUCCCGCCCACAGAGUUUUUGACCGAAUCAAACAGAAAGGGGAACGGCUUGGAAAAUUGUGUCAGAUUUGCUGUUUGCAAAGAUGAUGCUGUUUUAGAAGAUGCAGUGGAGAGAUUGAAAAAAUUAAAAGACUUUUUAUAA